GCUACUGUAGUUUGGAGUCGCCAAGAGUCAGAACUGAUUAAACCACCGGGACUGAAACAUUUUUUUCUUUAAAUUCAUUCAACAAUUAAGUAAACCUGUGAACACACAGUCUCCUUUUUUUUUUUUUUUUAAAGACAAAACAAGAUGGAACUUAAUUCGCUUUUAAUUCUGCUGGAGGCUGCAGAGUACUUGGAGAGAAGAGACAGAGAGGCAGAGCACGGUUAUGCCUCGGUUUUACCCUACAGUAACGACUUCUCCAGGAAGAAGACAAAAGCAUCGCCAAUUAACAGAAAAAGUCAGAACAAUAGAUCGUCGCACAACGAGCUGGAGAAACACAGACGUGCCAAACUACGGCUGUACUUGGAGCAGCUGAAGAAGCUGGUGCCUUUGGGUCCAGACAGCACUAGACACACCACACUGAGCUUGCUGAAAAGGGCCAAGAUGCUCAUCAAGAAGCUGGAGGAGCAAGACAAAAAGGCUUUAAACACGAAGGAGCAGCUGCAAAGAGAGCACCGCUACCUCAAACGCCGCCUCGAGCAGCUCUCGGUGUCAGGAAGCGUGGAGCGCAUCCGCACCGACAGCAUGGGCUCCACCAUCUCCACCGACUCUGAACAAGAGGUGGAUAUCGAAGGUAUGGAUUUAACGCCUGGCGAGGCAGACAGCGUGGGCAGCAUCAGCGACCCUGAAGUAGAAGAAGAGGAGGAGGAGGAGGAGGAGGAGGAGGAGGAAGAGGAGGACCACUACAGCCUCCAGAGCAGCUCCAGCGACACCAGCUACACGGCCUCACAUUCCCACAGACUGCAGCCACACCACUGUUAGAAUCCCAUGGCCAGAUGAACCCGCUUCUUCACUCGCCCCCACCCGGACCACCGCCGUAGCCACCGUGACUGUUUGCAGUCUCCAGCGCCGCCCACUUCCUACAUCGGAGCAGUCCACCAAGGCGGUGCCCCAGAACACCGUUUUGCUGAAACGCCACUCAAGCCUUUCAUACAUCCCUUCCUUAUUCCACUGACCCUACCUCACCCUGUUGUAUCCUGUCCGAACACGCCCCUUCUGUCACGCCCUGCCCCGCCCACAAAUCCAACCUUCCCCCUUAAGCCGGCGUAGCUGCAGGCUCUGGGAGAGCAGUGGGGGACUUCUGUGGUGAGAUGGAUAGCUUUAUCUUGUUAAUCAGGACCUGAGAGUGUGUGUGUGUGUGUGUGUGUGUUUGUGUGUAAAAAAAAAAAAUGUCACCCAGUUCCCGACAGGUUUAAAAACAGCAUAACAAAAUCUGCAUGUCUGGUCCAUUAGGCAAUAACACGCAGACUAGGCUAGAAAAUAUGCAAAUCACCCGUGUUUGCUUCUGUCGUAGACAACUUCAAGACCUCAAAGUACAAGCCGACUUGAGGCAAUAAGUCACACCGGCGUGAGAAGAUCAAUACUGUUCCCACGCUGGAACCGGGAAAUGUUUCGCUCUGAAUCAGAGAGAAGGGGAACCAGUUAGCCUGGUUCUGCCAAAGAUAACAUAAAACACGAGCGUCUUCAAAUAUAUCCUUAAGAAAUUGUAUUUUUCUUAUUCACGGCGGAAGUUAUAACAGAAACAAUGAAUUUAUUGCCUCUUAUUAUAGUAUUCAUGUUCAGGUUGAGAAAGCUAGCUUAACUAAGCUGAAACACGGCUAUGUUCACACUGCAGGUCAAUUCCGAUUUUUUUGCCCACAUGUGACAUUUUCAGUACAAUUCAGAUGUUUUCAAAUCCGACUUAGACCUUAACAUGAAUGCGCGAGGCCACUCGUGUAACAUCAUUGUUUUGUCAGUUCACGGACGCAUUCCGUUCACAUUAGACAUUCAUAGAAGUCGCAUAUUUUUCAACUUCAUAAAAACAUCGGAUUCGACCAAAAAAAACUGAAUUGUGCUUAACAUCCUGUAAUGUGAAUGCUAAAGUUAGCUUCAUCGAGCUAGGCUAAGCGAAAGCUAAAGUAAUUUUCCACACGGCUAUGUUCACACUGCAGAUCAAUUCAGAGUUUUUUUUGCCUGUAUCGGAUUUUUUUAAUGUCAAUUACCACAGUUCUAUACAUAUUUUUUUCAAACCCGACGUACGCCACAACGCGAAUCGGUUCCGUGUUUACUUCGGUAUACACAGUGCUUCGCAUGUGACGACGUGUUUUGUGCCUCGCUCGUCAGUUCACAGACGCAUUCCGUUCACAUUAGACAUUCAUAGAAGUCGCAUAUUUUUCAACUUCAUAAAAAGAUCGGAUUCAACAAAAAUAACUGAAUUGUGCUUAAUGUCCUGUGGUGCGAAUGCUAAAGUUAGCUUCAUCAAGCUAAGUAAUUUUCCACACGGCUAUGUUCACACUGCAGAUCAAUUCCAAGUUUUUUUUGCCUGUAUCUGAUUUUUUUUAGUGUCAGUUAGAACAGUUCUAUUCAUAUUUUUUCAAACCCGACGUACGCCACAACGCGAAUCGGUUCCGUGUUUACUUCGGUAAACACAGUGCUUCGCAUGUGACGACGUGUUUUGUGCCUCGCUCGUCAGUUCACGGACGCAUUCCGUUCACAUUAGACAUUCAUAGAAGUCGCAUAUUUUUCAACUUCAUAAAAAGAUCGGAUUCAACAAAAAUAACUGAAUUGUGCUUAAUAUCCUGUGGUGUGAAUGCUAAAGUUAGCUUCAUCAAGCUAAGUAUUUUUCCACAUGGCUAUGUUCUCACUGCAGAUCAAUUCCGAGUUUUUUCAGAUUUUUUAAAUGUCAAUUAGAACAGUCCUAUUCAGAUUUUUUCAAAUCCGAUGUACGCCACAACACAAAUCGGUGCCGUUUUUACUUCGUGACGACGUGUUUUGUGCCUCGCUCAUCAGUUCACGGAUGCAGUCCGCUCGCAUUAGCCAUACAUGGAAGUCGCAUAUUUUUGGGGGUAAUGUGAAGGCCACAAGAAAAGAUCGGAUUUAACCAAAAAUUAUGAUUGGGCAUUAUAACCCGCAGUGUUAUAAAAAUGUGUUAUUUUUAUACAUAUAAGUUUCAUAUUUUUGUUGGUAUUGUAAACGGCUACGUAAAAAGAUCGGAUUCGACACAAAAUUCGAAUUGGGCAUCAUGCUCUUCUGUGUGAACGUAGCCUAAAAUAGGGUAAUCCUCUCUUUUCCUAUAUUCACACUGCAGGUUAAUUACGAUGUGAACUGUAUCUGGUUUCAGUAAUCUCCAUUUAUUUUAUUUUUUUAUGUGAACAAUUACAUAAAAAGAUCUGAUUUCAUAAAAACUUUGAAUUGGGCAGUGUGAUCUAGCCUUAGAUAGGUUAAUGCUCUCAUUUGCUAUGUUUACGUUGCUGUUCAAUUCCGAUGUACAGUAUCUGAUUUCCGUAAUCUCCAUAUUUUUUUGGUAAUGUAAAAGACUACAUGAAAAGAUCGGAUUUUAACGAAAAAAUCCGAAUUGGACAUAAGUGUGAAUGUUUAUAUAUUGUAUAUACGUAAGUGAAUAGUACUCCACGUCAAAAAUCAUCAACGGCAUCUAUUUUUAUAUCCCAACAAAGCCAAUGUUCUGGCUGACAACAGGCCAAACGAGUGAGAGAGCUGCAGCAGAGAAGACUGUCCGUAGAUUUUUAUUCGGAUGAUUGCCUCGCCACUACUCCACACUACUGACCACUACACGAGAACACGCUAUAUUGCGGACGGACUACUACGGCAAAGUAAAAGACAAACUUUUGAACUCUAUUCCUCAGUAGCGAAGCGAUGUAGCAAAACACACAGGAGGACGGGGGCUUCCUCCGAGUGUUUCGAUGGUUCUGGAUACCCCCUUUUUUCUCCAAAAAAAAAAAAAAAAGCAAACAUGGGUACAAAAUGUGUCCAGAAUUGGCAUUUAUUCUGCUGCAGCCCUGUCCAUGUGUUCACCCUGAGUGUGUGACAUAACCUGAUUAACAAAUCAAAGCUGAGGGUGUCCAACUUUUAAAAAUCUCUCUGGUAGCAAAACUAAUCAUGUUCACCUGCAGACCGAUCACGAUCUUGUGUCCGUGGUCCGCCUCGCUUUCUAUGACCUUCCUUUUAAGGUUACGGACGAUAGUCACUAUUGACGGAGGAGGCGCUUCUGUCGCUUUCUUUUCUAUCUUCGCAAGCUUUCUGCAGCAACACUUUGCAAAAAAAAAAGGCGCCGCUUCGUCACGUCGGGCCUUACCAAAAAAAAGACUCAAAAGAUAUCAAACAUACAAAAAGAAGCUCUAAUCGCCAGUGUCGUCUAUUUCUCGCAUUACAUUUUGUAUUCUGUUUUCUUACAUGUUGUCUUUUAAAGACAAAAAAGUGAGUGUAUAUAUGUUGUUGUGUGUACAUACAUACUUAUUUUGUGUCUGUAUAUACAAUAUAUAUAUAUGUAUAUAUAUAAAUAUAUGUGUGUGUGUGUAUAUACACUUAUAUAUAUGUGUAUAAAUAUAUAUAUAUAAA